CCCACUCGCCCCGUUUGCGCAUGCGCAGUGCUUUAUCCUACGCGCUUGUUCAUGUUCUUGGAAGGUGAAUACGCGGCAAAAGGAGACUGUAGUAAAUAGCAAUAAUGAUCGUAUUCCUUGCAACAGGGUCGCUCAGGCCUUCUGUUGCACGCUGUGUUUACCGACUUGCGUGAUUAACAUGCGUGUUAGGGGGAAAGUAACGUAUGAAGAGAGAUCAAUGUCUCCCCCUUCCGCAAAUUCCUUUCGUAUUGGCGAGAAACCUCAUCAUCAUCAUUAUUAUUAUUAUUAUCACCAUCAUCAUCAAUGUAGAAUCAAACUUACAAACAAAGUGUGAUCAAACAUAAUCUUUGGAAACUGCACCUGUACUGCUCCUAGAUUAUGUUUUGCAAUUUAGAUUUUACAUUAAUGAGAAGCUUUUACGAUGCUUGGAAGCCCGCAAAAUGGAGCUAACAGACUUUUUCUUGUUCAAUAAUAUCACUACCAUUUUUCUUUCUAGCAGGCAGGGUUCUCGGUUACUGCCUUUUGCAGGAAGGGAGGAGCUGCAAGGAGUGACUGGAAAGAAGAGGAAGGUGGGACCUGAAACAGGAUUCCUGCAGUGAGGCUCGCUGGCCUCUAGGCCCGUUUCCAGGAGGAGCCUUGGAGAAUAUCCUGAUUUACGUGGGGAUCGCAGGAGCUGCUGCAAGUAUAUUAGUAAAAAGAGCCCUCCACAGCCAUGAGCCCACAACCAAGAAGAUCAUCCCAGGUCGCCCCACUCCAGGCAUAUCUAAUCUGGUUCUGGUCAAUCACAGGCUUGCCCUCCUACAGCCUCGACUGAGGUGUGUAGCAACUGGCGAUGGAUAAAUUCAUUGUCCGGGGGCCUGUUAAGACCACAGCAACAAAGAGCAAGAGGAAGUCCCCUGGGCCAAAGUGGGAGGAGGCUGACUCUGGUGAGGAAGGCAGUGGAAGAAGCAAGAAGAGGCCCAAGCUGGAUGCAUCCCACCAAAGCAAGACUGCCUUGAUAGGUGCUUCGUGGAAACACAUCCGGGCAGAAGGGCUCAACUGCGAUUAUAGGAUCCUUUUCAACAAAGCAGAGGCUGACAGGAUCUUCCAGGAGCUUGAAAAGGAAGUAGAAUAUUUUGAAGGAGAGUUCACUAAACUCCACAUAUUCGGAAAGUGGCACAACAUCCCAAGGAAACAAGUGACCUACGGGGAUGCUGGCUUGACAUACACAUACUCAGGGGUCACUUUCUCACCCAAGCCAUGGAUUCCAGUUCUGGACCACAUAAGAGACCAAAUCCAGCUAACCACCGGGGACACCUUCAAUUUUGUUCUCAUUAACAGGUAUAAGGAUGGUCAUGAUCACAUGGGAGAGCACAGAGACGACGAGCGAGAGCUGGCCCCUCGCAGCCCCAUUGCAUCUGUGUCCUUUGGAGCCUGCAGAGACUUUGUCUUCCGGCACAAGGAUUCCCGAGGCAAAAACCCCUCGCGCUACAUUGAGGCUGUCAAGUUGCAGCUGGAGCAUGGGAGCUUGUUGAUGAUGAACUUCCCCACCAACCGUUACUGGUACCACAGCCUGCCCAGUCGCAAGAAGCUCCUGGCUCCAAGAAUCAACCUGACAUUUCGAAAAGUGAUGGUGCUGACCCCAGCGCAAUGAGAGCAGGAGAGAUGGCUCACUGACUUCCACACAGUGUUUGUUCGUCUCAAGAGUUUGGCCAUCUAGUUUCUUUGUAGGCAUGAAACAGAGUGUUUCCAAGAGUGUUUUUUGUUUUUGUUCCUUUUAGUACCUUUGUGGUAAAAAUAAAAAGGCAUUUGGGGUCAAACACUUGGCUGAUCAUUGCAUUUCAGAUGUUAGUAUGGCCAUAGUUCAUAAGGUCAAUGU